AUGGCCGAUUCAAGUGACACCACUGAAGGAAGAGAAAAUAAGACAUGGAGCUCCGUCAUUGGGCGCAACAGGCCAAAAGAAACUAUUUUCCCCAUUUUCAUCAUGGAAAGGGAAAUUCUAUCGAAGGAGGAAUGCAUUAAGAAUCCUGUGAGAGAAGCUGAGGUCUAUCAUAGCCUCAUCCAGGAGGUCCAUCCAAUUCAUCUCAGGUCAGUACAAAGAGUGGGCGCACUCCGGCCUAUUUACCUGCAUGAUAAGGGAGCAAGGGCAAAACUCCUUAUUAAAGGAAUUUCCAUUCGUGGAAAGCAUAUCAGUCUCAAAGAAGAAAACCCAUUCAGUCUUAAAUCAUGCAUGGCCAAUCAAGAUGCAAAUCAGAUUACCAUCAAGGAGCUACCUGAGUCUGCUGAUGAUAAUUUGGUGACUGAGUUUUUGUCUAAACAAGGAUGUAAGAUAGUGGGAAAAGUCAUGAGGCGCAUGAUUCGAUAUAAUAAUAACCAGCUGACAAAUUGCUCCAAUGGAGACCGGAUGGCGUACAUUGAAGCCAUGCCCCCUGAGCCCAUAUCUCGGUCUGUGAAGAUAGGCCCACAUUGGGUAAAGGUGUUCUAUUAUGGACAGGCACCAGUUAAGAGACAACACCGUGACAAUAAGGAAGCAGAGGAAACUGCACCCAGUCCACAAUACAGUCCAACCACUGAACACUCAUUUAAGAUCAUAAGAGAGACCUAUGAAAAGUAUGUGGAAAAACCACCCUCUUAA